CCAUUUGAUACCAACAUCAUCACUCGAUCACUCACUCCCAGCUCAUCGAGCCAUGUCGUAAGGCAAUCGAGUCGAUAUCCAACACCAACACCGACAUCGAAACCUCUCGAAAAAGUCAACAACCCGGAUUCUGAGGUCCCGUGUUCGAUCUCGGGAGGUGGUCAUCCGACUUUUGACCUCUUUGGUCGUAUCGCGAAGUUCCCGAUCUUCACCACUUCACAUCGCAACACCGACAGCUAGCUACCACACCAGUCCCACCGGAUAGGAAGGGCCUGGCAGGAUGUUGGACGAGCUAGUCAAGUUCAUGGCCGAUGAGGUGGCCAUGGACGGAUCGUUGGGUUGUUCGCCCCGCCGGUUCAUCUACCUCUUAUCCUCGGAAACAUCUCCCAUCCACCUCAACCGUCCACCUCAAGCACCCCCUCUGACCCCGGAAGGCCUGGAAAAGACCGCAGCUUACGUCUGGCGUCAGGUCGUACAGAUCUACAGUAACAAGAACAAGAACGAAGAUUAUCAAAGUCAAGGACGAUAUCAUGUGGUAGACUUUCGGCGGGUCAAGAAGCUCUUGAACGAAGCUUCGGACCUGGACUUCAAGCCGGAAAAGGUGGAUAAUAGAACGGCGAAGAAGCACAAGAAGGAGGAUGAGGAGGUCAAGGAGACCGCCGACAAAGUGGAAGGCUCUGGGAAGGAUAAAGGCAAGGGGAAGGGGAAGGCGAAAGCCAGAAACCAGGACGAAGACGAGGGAGAUGACGGAUUCGAGAUCCAACCCGAAGCCGACGGUGCAGGAUCUUUCAGCACGACGAAGCUGGUGAAAACUUCCGGAUCCAUCGAGGAACAGAAAAAGGCCUUGAUCGAAACCGUCUUUGCCGAGUCCGAGAUCACGCCCGAGGGAGGGGCGGAUCAGGGAGACAUGUUGAAGCUGAGAGAGGUUUAUGGGGAGAACGCCUGUUUGGUCGCGGAUCCCGGGACUAUCAGGAUGGCUCUGACGGGUACGAGAGUGCAGAUCCCAAAGUACUCGAUGGUAGUGUCUUCGGUGCUGGAGAUGGUGGCUCGCUCGAGAGCGGCGGGGAUCACCAUGGUCGACGUCGCCACCCGUUCGACUCGAGCGACCGGACACAAGGGUAGGGUUGCCGCCCAGAAUGCGUUCUAUGUUGUCAAGGUCUUGGUCGAGGCUGGUCUGGUGGUGAAGCUGAAGGGAAUGGAUGAGAACAGGACGUCGAGCUCAAUCGUCCAUACCAAAUACCUGGACCGGAACCGAAACUACCUCGCUCGGCUCGGAUAUCUCAAGGUCCGCGGCGGGAAUGACCCGGCCGAAGAAGAGCCUGACCAGAUGGAGACCCUCGGUAGCACGGUCCUAGGCGUCAACGAGGAAACAGGGUUGCCGAUCUUCCCGCCGUUUGGUGCCAGCGAACUCACCAAUAGGCCGUUCCUCAGGGCCAGACUGGUGACCUUGCUCAAGAGCGAUUUGUGGCACCACCUGAUCGAGCAUAGGGAUCUGCACUUGGCCAUGGGAUUCGAGGGCAUCAUUGGCCGCCACGAUCGGAUGAUCUUGCGACGCUACAUCGCCGCCCUGAUGACCGAAGGCCUGAUCGAACGGGUUGCGGUGCCGAGCGAGAUCGAAGGGAAGGUCCAUUACUGCAUCCGGUUGACCGAGUUCCGACCCAAGGGUCAGGAGACCUUUGCAGGCGAACGUAUACCCGAAGGGUCGAUGUCUCAGGCGAAACCUGGCGAGAGCUUGGAAGAGGACGACGACGCCGAUGUCGAGGAUCCACUAGCUGUCAAUCAAUCGCAGCAUUACAUCACCUUCGACCAUACCGUCAGCAAAGAGUAUAGCGUUAUCGAGUCCAUCAAACAAGCAGGCAUCAAAGGGAUACUGUUUGAAAAGCUCUACACAGACCUGCCUUUCGACAAAAAGACCAUCCAGGGCAUCUGUUACAAAUUUGCUAGCCUGGGCGUCAACUUCCCGCAUCUUUCAGAUUACGGUCUGUUCGAGACGACACAGAGGGAGCAACGCCUCAACAAGGUCAGGUGGUUCGCCGCGCGCGAAUACAUCGCGCACUGUGCGCAGAUCAACGUCGAUCCCCUGAUCAGCCCAGAGUACUUGGAAGCUUUGAAGCAUGUCGGCGAAUUCAGAGACAUCUCUCGCCAGUCGUUCUACUCUUCGAACGAGGUCUACCAUGCCAAGUUGCGUGAGGCGCACAGUAACACCAAGCUUAUGAGAGCCGACGCCGUCAAAAAGAGAAAGGGCAGAGAGGAUGUACCCUACUUCCGAGGUAGACCCAGAAAGUUCAUCAAAGUCUUGGAUCUCGAUCGUAACAUCCUCAAGAGGAGCAAGGCAACCGAACUCAAGACAUCGCCGCUCAUUCCGGAGCCGCUGCUCUUCAACAAGGCGAAUAAGAUGCUCUACCCGAUGGCCAAAGAGCUUGUCGAUGGGACAGGGCGAGUACCUGAACCGCAAGACUGGAACGAUCCUACGGGAGGGACCAACGGAAAGCUCAAGGCUUACUGGGUGGCUAUAGCCGCCGGAGAGGAACCGCCUACCAACCCUACAGAAAGCGAUGUAGAAGCUCUCAGGCAACACCGGAUCAAAGGCGAGAAGAAACGCGGGAGGCCUAGAAAGAUCGUGGCAGAAGACGCGGAUGGAUCGACGCAGAUCAAGAAGAAGCGUGGAAGGCCCAGAAAAGCUGUCGCAGAAGCUGCAGAAGAGUCGGCGGCAAAUGGGAACGGGGAACCUUCUGUCGAAUCUACCGCCGAAGAGCCUCCAAAGAAGAAAGGGCGUGUGGCGAAAGCGAAACCGGCUCCGAAAGCCAGUGCCAAGGCUCCUCCGAGAGCCACUAGGGGCAGAAAGGCCGAUGAGGCUCACAAGGACGAGGUCAAGCCUGUUGAGCCGAGUCAAGCUGCCUCGCAGCCGAUGCCCAAACCUGAUGAUCUAUCGUCGCUUGAGCCAUUGGAGGAUCGGCAAGAAGGUUCAGCAGACAUCGAGCAGGAACCGGAUGUGGCCGGUAGCCAUACGACUGCUAUUCCUAAAUCAACAUUGGAGACUCCAAUCGCAAGCAUUGCGGCAGGAAACUCGACCGGUGACGCCAAUGUUGGCAUAGUUGUCGAUCCUGUACUUGCAAGCCCAUCGGUACCACCUGCUAUGGAAACGCAAGAUGCGCCAGUCCCUGUCGACCCUCCAGUCUCGGCUUCGCUCCAUCAUCAGACGUCCACAUCCGUCGCUUCGCCCAAAACGCCUGUUCGACCGAAAGCGUCCCGGAAGGCGCCUUCAGAUCCAAUUCCUGUCAAACCUCCCAAGCGAGUUCGAAUCGACCAUGACCUCGAGAUGCAGCUCAGGGAGGUAUUGCGUUUCAUCUCCGAGCAAGGAGGUAUCGUUCAAGGGAAGCAUAGUUUGACCUCCAGUCUCGAAAACUGGUGCAAGACUGCCACAUAUGGGGGACAAUUUCCUGAGCAAGCCCUGCAAGGCAAGGUAGAUGGCCGCCGAAUCAACAAACUCACAGACAUGCUGGAAGACUCGGGUAGGAUUCGGCGGACGACAGUGGCUUCUGACGGAAAUCGCGAGAAGACUUUUGUAGUCAUCUGGCUACCUGACACGCCUGAAGAGCGCGUACUCGAUUACAUCAUGGAACUGCGUCACGCGGGAGCUCCUAGGGUCGUCUCCAAGAUCGAGGCGGUUCCCGCAGACACCAUCGGGUUCAGCAAGGUUAGCCGAACACCCCGCAAACCCAACAAACCCCAUCGGGGUUUCGAGAACGUUUCGACUCUGAAGAUCUCCACGGCCACUCCCGAACAAUUGCAUGAAUUGAGCCCGGACGACAUGCGAAACGCGUUUCGGCAGGAUUGGAGGAUGUAUCCGCAGCAGUAUGGGUGGGAACCAGGCCUGGGUCGUCGCCUUGAACUAUUCCAUCACAUCCUCUGUGACGCCGCGCGCGCAUACGGUCAGCUAGUCGAAGACGGUAUCUGCGUUCGGCGGAACGAUGUCCUCGCGCAGCUGUCAGUCGCUGCGAUGUGCCAGAUAUUGCCCGUCAAAGACGACGACGAGACUCUGCUGGAAAUGUUCAGGUCGGGAGAAGCCUCCCGCAAGACCGUCGGGGAGCUUCAGGGAAGCCCUGCGACUCUGCUCUCUGUAACAUCCCCACGUAUCAGGAACAAGUUCGAAAGCCUCCUCGACCAUCUCGUCAAGAUGGGUCUCGCUGAACCACGUGAGAAGAUCCUGGGCGAAUGCGACGUCUUCCGCCCUGUCACGCUGGAGCGAUCGAAUUACGUCUGGCUUGCACAGAGGGGCUCGCUGAUCGACUGGUCGAAAGCGAAGAAGUCUUCCACUGCGACCAAGCAGACCGCUGUCUCCUUCGAGUUGCCCUUGCAGACCUCCGAGGACGUGACUGCCUUUUGGUAUCUCACUUGGUAUCGUACCAUGUCGGAUGGAUCGGAACAAGACAAAUUACAGCAUGUCUUCGCGCUACUUGCGGAGAGAGGCCGUACAUACGAAGAGAGCGUAAUGCAUCUAGCGGGCCUUGAAGUACUUUCAGGCUACUUCAGCAGACCCCGGGCGUGGCGCAAAGGAUUCGUUCUGCAUGAAGCUCAACAACGCUAUCUACAGUGGCUGGCGGAGAGUCGGUUCAUUCCCGACGAUCCUGGUAAUUCACCCGAUUUCCAUGAGGAAACCGCCUAUCGUCUGUUCGCACCCGUGGAACCAAUCAAGAAAUACCUCCUUAGCCGACUCAGUCAUCGUCACAAACGAGACCACAGGGAAGCGAAGAAAGCGAGAUCUGACGAGGCUGAAGAAGCUCUGCGCGAGGCCAUCAAGCAGAAGGUAGAGGAGCGGCAGAUCAGACGGGAAGCUCUCUGGAUCGAACUUCUUGACAGUGCUUGCUCCCGCGUCGGCAUCAGCAGUAGCGAUGAGCUGAGGAAUUAUCUUGAAGCGUUUCAUUGUCGGUAUUUGCGCGACCCGACAUCCUUCAACACGACCCAAUUCUUCGCAGUGGUCAGCAACCAUGUUGCGGCUCUUCUCCAGAAGAAGAAGCCCGGUCGAGCUCACCUGAUUCCCACUGUGGCCCCGGUCGCCAAAACAUCCCGGAUACGGACCCACUGGACGACUCAGAUGGAGGAACUCGCUCGGGAUGCGUUCGUCGUGAUCGAACAUCGUCGAAAGCACGUGCCGCCUGAUGCCAUCACCAAGGCAACGAUAGCAAGCGCUUGGGCAAAGGUCUUUCCGCACGUACCCGCGUACAAAAUACGUCGCCGAACGACCGAUUGGAUGGCAGAAUCUGCAGAGAACGCGGAAUUUAUCAAGCAGCUGUCUCUUCAGUGGGAGACAAUCCUCGCCACUGAAAAAGAUUUGCCUCCCGAUAUCGAUCCUUCUAGUAUGGAACAUUUUGAUGUUCUUAUGAACAUCAGUUCUUUGCGACAAUUUGUCAAAAAGAACGCAGUAUUGCAACGAGCUCGAGAUCCCGAGGAAGGGGAUGCCGAAUUCCUCCAAGCGUUACCUCGCUCGCUUGAUGUCCUCGAUGCCACCUUCGUCCCCGACAACGCCUCGACAAUCCGCACCGAGAACGGCUACCACUCCUACUGGUUGACGCGAUCUAGUGAAACAGCAAAGGAACGCGAUGUCAUUGCUCAAAGCGCCCUUCUGUCGCUAGGCAAAGCAGGGAUCAAAGUCAAUCCAUCACGUGAAGACGCAAUGCUCGAAUCCGUUGCCAAGACCAUCGUAUCAACGCCUCCAGCCGGGUAUCGCGCGGAUCAAGCAGAUAUCCUUCUGCAGAACUUCAAGACCAGGGUGGCGGACUUCAAGUACCGCCGUAUGUUGAAAGAUGCAGUCUUGGCGAGAGCGGAGUCCCAUGUCACGACCGGUCGAGGUUAUCGUUACGCAGAACCAUACGUCGCUCUCCGGGAAUCGCCAAUCGCGUCGACCGUCUUUGGUGAUUGCCUCGGAGCGAAAGACAUCGGGGAAAACGAGUACAUCGAAUGGAACGCGUUAUGUCAGCCGGGCGAAGUGGCAGGACUCCUCGAGCUCGUAUCCGACAACAAGAUAUCGGUUGCACUCGAGACCGAGACGGUCGACGAAACCCUCGAAGGUUGGGCUGUUCAAUGGGGCGCGUCAAGAAAAAUUGACGACGAAGACAUCGAGGUGGAUUUGGCAUUCCGCAAGUUGGAUCAAAAACCGCCAACUCUACUCGCGUCGAGUGAUACUGAUAUCGCCGGGCAGAAGACGGAAGAUGACGUGACUAUGCAAGAACAUCAGGCGUUGGAGGGCAUGCUCGACGUGAUCAAGGAUGCUGGUGUGGACGGCAUUAUGACCGAGGACUUGAUGGUUUCUAGCAAACAGAGCUCCGGCGAAAUUAUGGCGAUGGCCAUCAAGCUCGUUCAAAUGGGUCAAGUUCAUUGUCUCGGAUGGUCCCGCGCGCGAUUGGUCCACGAUUCACACCUACGAGCCUGGCAGUUGACGUUUGGCUGCAAAGACGCCCCGGCCCCCAAAAUCGAGGACGGGAUCCUCAAACCUUCUCGAGCUGCUGAUCCGGACCAACAUGCGACGAGAAUGACAUAUCAGUGGCUGGACAUCUACGGUCAGGUUAACGAGGAGGAGUUCAAACUUUCAUGCAACUCGAUUUUGGGACACAUCUACAUGCGUCCAGGUAUUAACGAGAGCGUUUUGCGGAGCUUGGUGGCCAAGAUCUUUGGUCGGCACGAGAUCAACUACGUGCUUCAAACCUUGUUGGACCGGGGUGUCAUCCGUCGCUUCUGUGGAGAUCUCGCUGCCUCGCCGAGAUUGGGUCUGCCGGUCGCUGGACUCGCUGCGCUGGAGGACGAAAAGUUGAUCAGCUACAUGGCGGACGGGAUCAUGCAGUAUAUCUGAAAAGAAGAGAUUUUUACGACCGUGACGAUUUACAUCUCAUAAUUUUCCUUUCCGGAACGAAUCGAAACGAACAUGUAUAGCGCGGUCACGAUGAUGACUCCGAGAAUGUAAAAGAAACAGCUAUACGGACGACCAAGUCCGGGAUCGGAUACAAUAUGACAUGCGAUCUUCAUGAGA